AAAUUCGGAGUAUUAUUAAUUCGAAACAGUUGAUUCUCGAGGAAGUUGUAGCAAUCCUGAUCACCCUCAAUCACGAAUUAAUCUUGAUGAUUCGUUCAUGAUUCGUGCCCUCAAUUUCCAAUAGGUGUUUUGCUUAACACAGAACAUUUUCAGUUUAUUGUUAACUGUUUACGUAUUAGGGUGUUCGGGUAUUCUUUAUUGGCAUUCCCGAAUCCGGGGCUUAAUGUAAUCAAAAUGUCUUAUAAUGUAAUUUAAAUUAAUUGGGCAAUCUUUGAGUUCGAUGUUUAUAAUUGCGUACUGAUUUGUAUGUUUGUCAUUAAAGUUGUUUGACGUAGUAUGAUAUGCAAGAUGCCAGUGGCCGAAGAACCGUUAUCGAUAUCUGAUGUAAUUGUACAACUCCAAGACUAUAGUCCCACUAUACCCGAUUCUAUCACAUCAUCUAUAUGCUCAGAAGCUGGAUUUGAGACAAAUGACCCUCGAAUAGUUCGGUUGAUAUCAAUUGCUUCUCAGAAAUUUAUUGCUGAUAUAGCCAACGAUGCAUUGCAACAUUGUAAAGUGCGUUUGGCUACCUUGCCAACUAAAUCUGGAAAAGUUCCUAAAGACCGUAAAUUCACAUUAACUAUGGAAGAUUUAGCACCAGCACUCAACGAUUAUGGAAUUAUUGUUCGGAAGCCUCCAUAUUUUGUCUAAAUUUUCUAUUUAUUUGUACUUAAUUAUAAUAUUCUAUUAAUAUAAAAUAGUGAUUAAUACUUAAUAAUCAUUAAUUAAAAAUUUGUAUUCCAAUAUCUAUGCUGUAAUAAAAAAGUUCUUCUUUAUUUAA